CAAUGAGACCCAGGCUCCUGAUAUCCAUCUGGGUGAGCCCUGACCUGCCAGCCAGAGGGACCGGCUGUGCCAGAGGCAAACAAACAACUAUUGGGGCGCAAGUGUAGGCGGGGAGAAGGAGCCCGAAGAGAGCAAGGGCACAGGCGGGAGCUUCGAGGAGAGACAGAGUAUCCUGGAGAGAGCUGGGUCUUUCCUAGGAGGCCUUCCCUGUCCCUUAGAUCCCCUAUUUCAGAGGCUCAGCAGCCCAGCAGCCCAGUCCUGCCCUGACUGCAGCUCAUCUCUAGUCUGGCUGCUGCUGCAGCUAACCUUGCCGGGGCGGGGGGGCAUCCCUUCUUCCUUCCCAUCAUGGCCGUGUACCGCGUGCGUGUGACCACUGGUCCCUACCUGAGGGCCGGCACACUGGACAACAUCUUCGUCACAUUGGUGGGCACGUGUGGUGAAAGCCCCAAACAGCUGCUGGAUCGCAUGGGCAGGGACUUCGCCCCUGGAUCGGUGCAGAACUACAAGGUGCGCUGCUCAGCAGAGCUGGGAGAGCUCUUAUUGCUGCGUCUACACAAGGAGCGCUUUGCUUUCUUCCCUAAGGACUCCUGGUACUGCAGCCACAUCUGUGUCACUGGCCCUGAUGGUACCCCUUCUGACUUCCCCUGCUAUCAAUGGAUUGAGGGCUACUGUACAGUAGAGCUGCGACCAGGAACAGCAAGAACGAUUUGUCAGGACUCCCUUCCUCUCCUUCUGGACCACCGGAAACGAGAACUACAGGCCCGACAGGAAUGCUACUGCUGGAAAGUCUAUGCCCCUGGUUUCCCUGGCAUUGUGGACGUCAGCAGCUUUGAGGAGAUGGAGUCAGACAAGAAAUUUGCCUUGACCAAGACAACAACUUGUGCAGAUCAGGAUGACAACAGCGGGAAUCGGUACCUGCCUGGCUUCCCCAUGAAAAUUGACAUCCCAUCCCUGCUGCACAUGGAGCCCAACAUUCGAUACUCGGCCACCAAGAAGACCUCGCUGAUUUUCAAUGCCAUUCCUGUGUCCUUGGGCAUGAAGCUUCGAGGGCUGAUGGAUCGAAAGGGCUCCUGGAAGAAGCUGGAUGACAUCCGGAAUAUCUUCUGGUGCCACAAGACCUUCACUUCAGAGUAUGUCACAGAGCACUGGUGUGAGGACCACUUCUUUGGGUACCAGUACCUGAAUGGCGUUAAUCCUGUCAUGUUCCAUCGCCUCUCCAGCUUGCCCAGCAAGCUGCCUGUCACCAAUGACAUGGUGGGCCCCUUGCUGGGACCUGACACCUGCCUGCAGACAGAGCUACAGAGGGGGAACAUCUUCCUAGCGGACUACUGGAUCCUGGCGGAGGCCCCUGUGCAGUGCCUAAACGGUCGUCCGCAGUACGUGACCGCCCCGCUCUGCCUGUUGUGGCUCAACCCCCAGGGGGCGCUAAUGCCCUUGGCCAUCCAGCUCAGCCAGACCCCCGGGCCCGAUAGCCCUAUCUUUUUGCCCACUGACUCUGACUGGGACUGGCUGCUGGCUAAGACGUGGGUGCGCAACUCUGACUUCCUGGUGCACGAGAACAACACGCACUUCUUGUGCACGCAUCUGCUGUGCGAGGCCUUCGCCAUGGCCACGCUGCGUCAGCUGCCCCUCUGUCAUCCUAUUUACAAGCUCCUGCUUCCCCACACUCGCUACACGCUGCAGGUGAACACCAUCGCCCGCGCCACGCUGCUCAAUCCUGAGGGGCUGGUGGACAAGGUCCUAUCAAUUGGGAGGCAAGGCCUCCUCUACCUCAUGAGCACUGGUCUGGCCCACUUCACCUACACCAAUUUCUGCCUUCCGGACAGCCUGCGCGCCCGUGGUGUCCUGGCCAUCCCCAACUACCAUUACCGAGAUGAUGGUUUGAAGAUCUGGGCAGCCAUUGAGAGCUUUGUCUCAGAAAUCGUGAGCUACUAUUAUCCCAGUGAUGCGUCUGUGCAGCAGGAUUCGGAGCUGCAGGCCUGGGUCGGCGAGAUUUUUGUUCAGGCGUUCCUAGGCCGGGAAAGCUCAGGAUUCCCACGCCAGCUGUGUACCCCAAAAGAGCUGGUGAAGUUUGUCACUGCAAUCAUCUUCAACUGCUCCGCCCAGCACGCCUCUGUCAACAGUGGACAGCAUGACUUUGGGGCCUGGAUGCCCAAUGCUCCAUCAUCCAUGAGGCAACCCCCACCCCGGACCAAGGGGACAACCACCCUGAAGAGUUACCUAGAGACACUGCCAGAAGUGAACAUCACCUGUAACAACCUUCUCCUCCUCUGGGUGGUCAGCCAAGAGCCCAAGGACCAGCGGCCACUGGGCACCUACCCCGACCAGCACUUCACCGAGGAGGCCCCGCGGCGGAGCAUCGCUGCCUUCCAGAGCCGCCUGGCCCAGAUCUCGCGGGACAUCCGGGAGCGGAACCAGGGCCUGGCGCUGCCCUAUAUCUACCUGGACCCUCCCCUCAUCGAGAACAGCGUCUCCAUUUAAACCCCUCCUCCUACCACCUGGAAAGAAAGGCCCAAGCAUGCAGAGGGCCAGCUUCUCCGGGUCAUCCAGGCUCUUUCUCCCUCCCUGUUUGUUCUGUUAGCCUGAACUUUCUCCUCUGCAGAUGGGGACUUUUUCCACCCAAGAUGUCUCUAGCAUCAUAUAAACUGGGCCCUGAACUGUGAGCAACUACAGCAGUGCUCAGGGUGAGAAACUGCUCACUAAAGUCAAAUUCACAACAGACCCUCCAAAAGGGAGAAACCCCAACGCCCCUUGCCUUACUUCAGGCAACCUCCUACUUCCCUCCCCUAUCAUGUCUAUUACUAUUUUAUUAGUAAUGGCUGUUCAUACUUACCAAUAUCUGCCUCUUCCCUUUGCGACCCACAGCUUAGGAGUCUGAGCUCUCCUUUCCAGUCCUCCCCAAUCCCCAAAUUCUUUCUCCUUACCUUGCCUGUUUGUUUACAUUUUUCUCCAAGCCUAGGACUAACCAAUCCAACUUCCUUCUCUGGAAAAGCCUGGAAACUGGGCAAGCAAGGACGUGUGCCCUAGAUCUGCCAUGUGCUCCUCUCUGACUCGAGUGUCUUUUAAGGGGCGGGUUAGAAUUAGGUCCCAGCUUAUCUGUACCUCUAGCUACAGUUCUCAGGGCCAGGCUUCCCGGCCAGAGCGUGUACAGGGUCUCUCCCCAGCUCUUGUCUUAUCCACACUA